AUGGGUGUGAGUUAUUUAGCGAUUUCGGCAGUUUGUACGGUUUUGAGUUUUGUGGGUUUGCAAUGUUGGACAGAAGUGUCAUUAGAUAGAUUGAGAUCGGAUGGUUUGAUUGGCGAGAAUUUUAUCAACUCGGAAAAUGUCAACCGUGCCCUUGAGCUUCUGUUUGGUUCUUAUGCUACCAUUGCAUUGUUGGUGAAUUUUGUAUUCAAUGUAUUUGUACUACUCAAUCUUUGCUUUAAGACUAUUUUCUUUGGAGAGUUGUAUUCUUCGGAAACUCGAAAACUAGUGGAACGGCUUAUUAAUUAUGCUAUUUAUAAGGGAACAUUUCUACCACUGGUUAUUCCGCCAACAAUUUCUCAAAUAGGUCUCUGGUCAAUUUGGUUGACUGUUCUAUGCUCUUUAAAGAUGUUUCAAGCAUUAGCUAGAGAUCGACUUGAACGUUUGAAUGCAUCUCCUUCUGCAACACCAUGGACAUAUUUUCGUGUUUAUUCAGCAUUGUUGCUGGUCCUCUCUGCUGACUUUUUCUGGAUACAGAUGUGUUUCGUGAUAUACAGAAGCACGGGUUCAUCCAUAUUUCUGUUGUUGUUCUUUGAGCCUUUCAGUAUUGCUUUUGAGACCAUGCAAGCUAUGCUGGUUCAUGGUUUUCAGUUGCUUGAGAUUUGGCUCCAUCAUUCGGCUGGGAAUAGUGCAAAUUGCCAAAGGUUCAAGUUUUUUGAUGCAAUAAGAGCAGGUUCAUUGUUGGAGUGCAAAGGCAUUCUUAUCCGAAAUUUGGGUUUUUUGCUAGACUUGGCAACCUUAUUAAUGGCACUUGGUCAUUAUGUGCAUAUUUGGUGGCUUCAUGGUGUGGCAUUUCAUCUUGUGGAUGCGGUCCUCUUUUUGAAUAUACGUGCAUUGCUAAAUGCUAUCAUAAAGCGUAUAAAAGGAUUCAUCAAGCUUAGAAUAGCUUUAGGUGCCCUUCAUGCAGCACUUCCUGAUGCAACAUCUGAAGAGCUACGAGCAUAUGAUGAUGAAUGUGCUAUCUGUAGAGAACCUAUGGCUAAGGCCAAAAGGCUACAUUGCAGUCAUCUUUUUCAUCUUGCUUGCUUGAGAUCUUGGUUGGAUCAGGGUUUAAAUGAGAUAUACUCAUGCCCCACUUGUCGGAAGCCACUUUUUGUGGGCAGGCCUGAAACUGAAGCAGAUACUCGUACUGGAGAAGGUCUGACAGAUGAACAACUUGCUCAUCAAAUAAACGAAGGUCUUGAUCAGCAAAACACUCCAGGUCGUGUACUGCCUGCUGGAGUAUUCCCUAACCAGAUUCGGAACUCUACAGAAGGCAGCCCUUGGAGAAGUGCAGGAUUGGAUUCAAGUUGGCUGGCCACUUGGCCCAGCCAGGGUGUAGAUGGGGCUGGUCCGUCAACGGCAAUGAGAUCAGUUGGAUUGAGUAGAGUUCAGAUGAUGAUGAGGCAUCUUGCAUCUGUGGGAGAAACUUAUGCACAAACUGCCCUUGAGGAUGCUGCUUGGAACCUUUGGCCAAUGAAUCCAUCUCAGGCAACUCCAUCGGCCUCUUCCAUCCCUCCUGCUGCUGGUGGAAGACACCCUGGUGGCACUGGUGGUUUGCAUAUGAGGACCACAUCACAUGCCACAAACGACAACAUAGCAAACAUACUUGCCAUGGCUGAGACAGUGCGGGAGGUUUUGCCCCAUGUUCCAGAUGAGUUGAUACUCCAGGACUUGCAGCGAACAAAUUCUGCUACUGUUACUGUAAAUAAUCUUCUGCAAAUGUGA